GCGACCGGGACACACCGGCACAGCGCUCUCCUCUGGGCGCGCACGACGCUCUCCCCUCAACGCCUGCGCGGCGCACGCUUCCUCCGUAGCCACAGCAGCUGACUUGACGCAACGGCGACUGUUUCCCAUCAGAGACCGUGAGAGGAAGGCCCGCUGGGAACAACACCAAACAGCAUCUAUACCACCGUAGCCGACGCCCAGGCUUUCCAGAGGGUCGACUGCCCUCGUUUGCCACGAAAACGUGCUCAGAAGGCGGGAAGUUUGGCUUCAAGUAUCCCGCCUGUUCACCGCGUCAAGUGCAAACUACGCAGAAGUCACUGACCAGGCUUCCCGUGCCGAUGGUUCCGAGGGGCGGCGCGUUCGCGGUCCUGGCACUCGCGCUGUGCGCCUGCUGCUCCAGCCUGCGCGCGACAACGGCCGCCGCCAGCCUGAGCGGCGUGCCGGCGGCCGCCAUGGCCGUGGGACUGGGCCCCGCCGCCGGAGUGCGGCGCCCGGCGGAAACCGGAGGCGGCGGCGGGUCGUCCAGCUCUGCCAGCAAGCGCUACGAGUCGCACACGCCCGUGCUUCUGUCGGCGCUGCAUGCGCCCGACAGCUCCCACCAGCGCAUGAUGCUCGUCGACCUGUCCGCGCUGCACCACCACCAGGAGCCGGUAAUGGGCUUCCAGCCGGACGACUAUUACGGCUCCUCCUCUUCGUCGAACUCGAUGGCGUCGGCCGACUACGGUGACACCUGGGAGGACAACAGCCUUGGCGCCGACGACAGGCUAUACAGGCGGCACCAGCCUCACGAGGAGAUGCACAACGAGAUCGGCGACAGCGACCAGCUGCUGAUGCCGUUCCUGCCGGAGAACACGGUGGGUCUGCACUACACCGGCUUCCCCUUCAUCGAGGAUGCGCUCCACCUGCAGCGACAGAGCAGCCGCGAAGAUGCCUUCAGCGACUACCUGCGCGCGCUCGUCGCCAGCCGAGACCGGAAGCGCAGCGUCUUCCUCUCCCAGAGCUGGCAGCCCGGAGGCCAUCCGGGUCCUUCCGUGCCCCGAAGGCAGCGCCAAACGCCACAGCAGCAGCAGCAGCCCCGGCGAGUGUCUCAAGAGCCCGCGUCCGCAUCUCCUGAACUGACGGGCCUGACCGACCGCAAGAGCAGCGAACGGGAGCGAGCAGUUCACCACCGCCACCACCCGGCCGUGCCGUUCAUCUUCUCGUCCAAAGGCUGGCACCCCGGAGGCCGCAAACGCAAUUUCUUCUUCUCCAGAGGAUGGGGUCCCGGUGGAAGACCGCUUACGCUGCGCGCCGACUACUUCAAGAAAAAGCCGCCCGCCGCACACGGUGGCGGCGAAGACGUGAGCGACAACGAGGCGUCGUCGUUGGGGCUCGCCCAGGGCGUCAUGGGCGGCGGUCAUGGCAACUCGGACUCCUCGCCCACCGUCAAGGCGACCGGCACGCGGCACGGGCACGGACCGUGCCGCGCUAAUUGCUGGCGCAUACCGCACCUCUUCGGGCCCUACUGGUAGAAAGGAACGACCGUUGUGCCGCGCGGGCACGCGUCUCCCGGCAUGCAGCCUGUUCGCGGGGACAAUGCUGACAAUAAAGAUGCCAUGGCGAAUGGUUCGCGGAAAGCGGGGUGGAGACAAAACGGCGGCGGCUGAUGUUCAGGUUUACAAAUCGGUAUUUUACGCGAGACGGCUGUGAAACUUUGAAGUACGCCAAACGUGACAGGUGAUUUCAGAGUGCUGCCAUCAACAAUGAGAUGGGCAGAGCAACAGCAAGGAACCAUGGUUAGGGUACGAUGGAACAUUAGUAACGUAAAUCACUGACACGCGCCACAUGGCAACACACUAAUGAGAAUCGGGAAAUCAGUCUUCAGCAUCCAUAAAAAAUGGGCCUUCCUGGCCACCUUGUGAAAUCCAGGUAUAGGUGCAUCACGAUGAAACUCGGAGUACAGCCUUGUUUGGAAUACUCAAGAAAUGCAUCCAUCCAGUUUAUAUUUUCAUGUUGAAACUAAUCAGCCAAGUUUGAUUUAGGCUAGACAAAGAAAAGUGUUACAAGAAGCUAGUCAAAGAAAUGAAGAAAUGCUCAGUCAGCUUACAGUAAAUACUUUUUCUUUUCUUUUUUCAUGGUAGUGUGCAAAUAGCCCUUGGGAAGCUGGAAACAAGUUUAUCAUGCCUUUAAGGAUUAAAAACCAUACUUUGUCAUAAUUCGGGUCAUUCAGGUAACCAUAUUUCAGAACAUUAGGCCUCUGAAAGGUCAGCUAUAUUGCAACAAAAAUGGACUUUCCUAAGUUCAAAGCAAUAGAUAAUGAACAGUCCAGUAACACAACCACUCAACAAAAAUAAUGGUAGUUCUCUUCAUAUUGAGGAUAAUGAAUUACUAACUGGUAUACAACGUGCCACAAGCCAAAACCUUGGCUUGUGGCAUGCAGGCCAGGGACAUGCAAUGGAACAAGAAGGAACCUCAGGAUCUUUAAAACAGUGCUUACAAAUUACUCUUACCCUUUAGCGUCCCAUGAUGUGAUGUUAUCGAAUGCACAGAGCUCAAAACAUGCCCACCAAUAGAGCAAAGAGGCCAAUUCUCAAAUAUAACAGCAAAAUGCUGCUGCAAGCAAAUACGUUUACAAGCCCUUAGAUAUUCAUGCUUUUCGCAAUAUUUUUUUUUUUUUCUGUCUACCUCUUGAAUCCACACUUCCAUUACCCUUAUGUGUUGCUAAGCACAGACUGUGUGCUUCAUGUUGUCAGUGUUACAUGAACCUGUAAUAAAGUAUGAUCCACUGUUUUAAAGCAACAAAAUGUGCUUUUGUUUCGGGUGAUCACACGAGUUGCUGCCAAUGCAAUCACUUUGUGUGCACUGGAAAGGUAAGUCAUGAAACAAUUUCAGAUUGCAUAAUAUGAUCAAAGGAAACUUACAAAAUGUUAGCAAGUGCAAAUGGUGAUGAUGAAAUAAAGAAACAUAAGCUCUUUACAGGGCA